AUGUGGACCUGCAGUCCCAGUGACGCCGUGAGGGCCGGGACUGGGCGCGCGGCGCCGUGGCGGCCGGCGGCCAAAGCCGACUGAGCCGGGACGCGAGGACCGACCGCCGUCGCCGAGCCGGAACCAUGUGAGGGCUAACCCAGGGAACUGGAACAGCACACAGAGUACCAGUCUCUCUGGCCUCACCCUACUCGGGAUGGAGCAAAGGAGGACCCAGCUUUGGGCCACACAGGCUGACAGUUGGUCUGUGGUCCUAGUCUCAGUGGCUUGGCUGCUUCUGGCCCCCAGCGCCUCUGGCAUGCCUCAGUUCAAUACCUUCCACUCUGAGAACCGUGACUGGACAUUCAAUCACUUGACUGUGCACCAGGGGACAGGGGCCGUGUAUGUGGGAGCCAUCAACAGGGUUUACAAGCUGACAGGCAACUUGACUAUCCAGGUGGCCCACAAAACAGGGCCAGAAGAGGACAACAAGGCCUGCUACCCACCCCUGAUAGUGCAGCCCUGCAGCGAGGUGCUCACGCUCACCAACAAUGUCAACAAGCUACUGAUCAUUGAUUACUCUGAGAACCGCCUGCUGGCCUGUGGCAGCCUCUACCAGGGCGUCUGCAAACUGCUGCGGCUGGAUGACCUCUUCAUCCUGGUGGAGCCUUCCCACAAGAAGGAACACUACCUGUCUAGCGUCAACAAGACAGGCACCAUGUACGGUGUGAUCGUGCGCUCUGAGGGUGAGGAUGGCAAGCUCUUCAUUGGCACGGCUGUAGAUGGCAAACAGGAUUAUUUUCCCACCCUGUCCAGCCGGAAGCUGCCCCGAGACCCUGAGUCCUCUGCCAUGCUGGACUAUGAGCUCCAUAGUGAUUUUGUGUCCUCUCUCAUUAAGAUUCCCUCUGAUACCCUGGCCCUGGUCUCCCACUUUGACAUCUUCUACGUCUAUGGCUUUGCCAGUGGGAGCUUUGUCUACUUCCUCACUGUCCAGCCAGAGACUCCUGACGGUGUAGCCAUCAACUCAGCAGGGGACCUCUUCUACACCUCACGCAUUGUUCGUCUCUGCAAGGAUGACCCCAAGUUCCACUCCUAUGUGUCACUUCCCUUUGGCUGCAUGCAUGCUGGGGUGGAAUACCGCCUCCUGCAGGCUGCUUACCUCGCCAAGCCUGGUGAUGCUCUGGCCCAGGCCUUUAACAUCAGUAGCCACGAUGAUGUGCUCUUUGCCAUUUUCUCCAAAGGACAGAAACAAUAUCACCAUCCACCCGAUGACUCUGCCCUCUGUGCCUUCCCCAUCCGGGCCAUCAACUUGCAGAUCAAGGAGCGUCUGCAAUCUUGCUAUCAAGGCGAGGGCAACCUGGAGCUCAACUGGCUUCUGGGAAAAGAUGUGCAAUGCACUAAAGCGCCUGUACCCAUCGAUGAUAACUUUUGUGGACUGGACAUCAACCAGCCUCUUGGAGGCUCCACUCCAGUGGAGGGCCUCACCCUGUAUACCACCAGCCGGGACCACCUCACCUCUGUGGCCUCCUACGUUUACAAUGGCUACAGUGUGGUUUUUGUGGGGACUAAGAGUGGCAAACUAAAAAAGAUUCGAGCUGAUGGCCCCCCCCAUGGUGGGUUCCAGUAUGAGAUGGUCUCUGUGUUCAAAGAUGGGAGCCCCAUCCUCCGUGACAUGGCCUUUUCCAUUGAUCAGCGCUACCUGUAUGUCAUGUCCGAGAGACAGGUCACCAGGCUCCCAGUGGAGUCAUGCGAACAGUACACAACUUGUGGAGAGUGCCUAAGCUCAGGGGACCCCCAUUGUGGCUGGUGUGCCUUGCACAACAUGUGCUCCCGUAAGGACAAGUGUCAGCGGGCCUGGGAAGCAAAUCGAUUCGCUGCCAGCAUCAGCCAGUGCAUGAGCCUUGAGGUACACCCCAGCAGCAUCUCUGUGUCUGAGCACAGCCAGCUGCUCAGCCUGGUUGUCAGUGAUGCUCCUGACCUGUCAGCUGGCAUUUUCUGUUCCUUUGGGAACCUGACUGAAGUGGAGGGUCAGGUUUCUGGGAACCAGAUCAUCUGUGCCUCUCCUGGGCUUAAGGAUGUUCCUGUCAUUCCCCUGGACCAAGACUGGUUUGGCCUAGAACUGCAGCUGAGGUCCAAGGAGACAGGAAAGACAUUUGUCAGCACAGAGUUCAAGUUCUACAACUGCAGUGCCCAUCAACUGUGCCUGUCCUGUGUCAACAGUGCCUUCCGUUGCCACUGGUGCAAGUACCGCAACCUCUGCACACAUGAUCCCACCACCUGCUCUUUCCAGGAGGGCCGGAUCAAUAUUUCAGAGGACUGUCCCCAGCUGGUACCCACAGAGGAGAUUCUGAUCCCAGUCGGUGAGGUCAAGCCAAUCACUCUUAAGGCCCGAAACCUGCCCCAGCCCCAGUCUGGCCAGCGAGGCUACGAGUGCGUCCUCAACGUCCAGGGGGCUGUCCAUCGCGUUCCUGCCCUGCGCUUCAACAGCUCCAGUGUCCAGUGUCAGAACAGCUCAUACCAGUAUGAUGGGAUGGACAUCAGCAACCUGGCAGUGGACUUUGCUGUGGUGUGGAAUGGAAACUUCAUUAUUGACAAUCCUCAAGACCUGAAAGUGCACCUCUACAAGUGUGCAGCCCAGCGAGAAAGCUGUGGCCUCUGCCUCAAGGCCGAACGCAAGUUCGAGUGUGGCUGGUGCAGUGGUGAGCGCAGAUGCACACUCCGCCAGCACUGCCCCAGCCCCUCCAGCCCCUGGCUUGACUGGUCCAGCCACAAUGUGAAGUGCUCCAACCCCCAGAUCACUGAGAUUUUGACAGUGUCAGGACCACCUGAAGGUGGGACUCGUGUGACCAUCCAUGGUGUGAACCUGGGCCUGGACUUCUCCGAGAUCGCUCACCACGUGCAGGUGGCUGGGGUGCCCUGCACGCCACUCCCGGGGGAAUACAUCAUCGCUGAGCAGAUUGUCUGUGAGAUGGGCCACGCCCUCGUGAGCACCAGCUCGGGGCCUGUGCGCCUGUGCAUUGGGGAGUGCAAGCCAGAGUUCAUGACCAAGUCCCAUCAGCAGUAUACCUUUGUGAACCCUUCUGUGCUAUCACUCAGCCCUGUUCGGGGACCAGAGUCAGGGGGCACCAGGGUGACUGUCACAGGCCAUUACCUUGGAGCUGGGAGCAGUGUGGCUGUGUACCUGGGCAACCAGACCUGCGAAUUCUAUGGGAGAUCAAUGAAUGAGAUUGUGUGUGUGUCACCCCCAUCAUCUAAUGGGCUGGGCCCAGUCCCUGUUUCUGUGAGUGUCGACAGAGCUCGGGUGGAUAGCAGCCUGCAGUUUGAGUACAUAGAUGACCCUCGGGUCCAGCGCAUUGAGCCGGAAUGGAGCAUUACCAGUGGUCACACGCCCCUGACCAUCACAGGCUUCAACCUGGAUGUCAUUCAGGAGCCAAGGAUUCGAGUCAAGUUUAAUGGCAAAGAAUCUGUCAAUGUGUGCACAGUGGUUAACACAACCACCCUCACCUGUCUGGCACCCUCUCUGACUACUGACUACCGUCCAGGCUUAGACACUGUGGAGCGGCCAGAUGAAUUUGGGUUUCUCUUUAACAAUGUGCAGUCCUUGCUUAUCUACAAUGACACCAAGUUCAUCUACUAUCCCAACCCAACCUUUGAACUGCUCAGCCCCACUGGGAUCUUGGAUCAGAAGCCAGGAUCACCAAUCAUCCUGAAGGGUAAAAACCUCUGCCCUCCUGCCUCUGGAGGAGCCAAGUUAAACUACACAGUACUGAUUGGAGAGACGCCUUGUGCCGUGACUGUGUCUGAGACCCAGCUCCUCUGCGAGCCCCCCAACCUUACAGGGCAGCACAAGGUCAUGGUCCACGUGGGCGGGAUGGUGUUCUCACCUGGCUCGGUGAGUGUCAUCUCCGACAGCUUGCUGACCCUGCCAGCCAUUGUCAGCAUCGCAGCCGGUGGCAGCCUCCUCCUCAUCAUUGUCAUCAUCGUCCUUAUCGCCUAUAAGCGCAAGUCACGAGAAAAUGACCUGACGCUCAAGCGGCUCCAGAUGCAGAUGGACAACUUGGAGUCCCGAGUGGCACUGGAGUGUAAGGAAGCAUUUGCUGAGCUUCAGACAGACAUCAAUGAACUAACCAGUGACCUGGAUCGCUCAGGAAUCCCCUACCUGGACUACCGUACCUAUGCCAUGAGAGUACUAUUUCCGGGCAUCGAGGACCACCCCGUCCUUCGGGAGCUGGAGGUGCAAGGGAAUGGACAGCAGCAUGUAGAGAAAGCCUUGAAGCUAUUUGCCCAACUCAUCAACAACAAAGUGUUCCUGCUGACUUUCAUCCGCACACUCGAGGCCCAGCGCAGCUUCUCCAUGCGUGAUCGUGGCAACGUGGCCUCACUCAUCAUGACUGGCCUUCAGGGCCGCCUGGAGUAUGCCACUGAUGUCCUCAAGCAGCUGCUGUCUGACCUCAUUGACAAGAACCUGGAGAACAAGAACCACCCCAAGCUGCUUCUCCGCAGGACUGAAUCUGUGGCUGAGAAGAUGCUGACCAACUGGUUUGCCUUCCUGCUUCACAAGUUCCUGAAGGAGUGCGCCGGGGAGCCACUCUUCAUGCUGUACUGUGCCAUCAAGCAACAGAUGGAGAAGGGUCCCAUUGAUGCCAUCACAGGCGAAGCCCGCUACUCCCUAAGCGAGGACAAACUCAUCCGGCAGCAGAUUGAAUACAAAACCCUGAUCCUGAACUGCGUCAACCCUGACAACGAGAACAGCCCAGAAAUCCCGGUGAAGGUGUUAAACUGUGACACCGUCACGCAGGUCAAGGAGAAGAUACUCGAUGCUGUCUAUAAGAACGUGCCCUACUCCCAGCGGCCGAGGGCCGUCGACAUGGACCUGGAGUGGCGCCAAGGCCGUAUUGCCCGGGUAGUGCUGCAGGACGAGGACAUCACCACCAAGAUCGAAGGUGACUGGAAGCGACUCAACACACUGAUGCAUUACCAGGUGUCAGAAAGAUCUGUGGUGGCUCUGGUCCCCAAGCAGACCUCUUCUUACAACAUCCCUGCCUCUGCCAGCAUCUCACGGACAUCCAUCAGCAGAUAUGACUCCUCCUUCAGGUACACUGGCAGCCCUGACAGCCUUCGAUCCCGGGUCCCCAUGAUCACCCCAGACCUGGAGAGUGGUGUCAAGGUGUGGCAUCUAGUGAAGAACCACGAGCAUGGUGACCAGAAAGAGGGUGACCGGGGCAGCAAGAUGGUGUCUGAGAUCUACCUGACCCGGCUCCUGGCCACCAAGGGCACCCUGCAGAAAUUCGUGGAUGACUUGUUUGAGACCUUAUUCAGCACUGUGCACCGGGGCAGCGCUCUCCCCUUGGCCAUCAAGUACAUGUUUGACUUCCUGGAUGAGCAAGCAGACAGACACAACAUCCAUGACACAGAUGUGCGACACACUUGGAAAAGCAACUGCCUCCCUCUACGCUUCUGGGUGAAUGUCAUCAAGAAUCCUCAGUUUGUGUUUGACAUUCACAAGGGCAGCAUUACGGAUGCCUGCCUCUCUGUGGUGGCCCAGACCUUCAUGGACUCCUGCUCCACAUCAGAGCACCGGCUGGGCAAGGACUCCCCCUCCAACAAGCUGCUCUAUGCCAAGGACAUCCCCAGCUAUAAGAGCUGGGUGGAGAGAUAUUAUGCAGACAUCGCCAAACUCCCUGCCAUUAGUGACCAGGACAUGAAUGCCUACCUCGCCGAGCAGUCCCGCCUGCAUGCCACAGAGUUCAACAUGCUGAGUGCCCUCAAUGAGAUCUACUCAUAUGUCAGCAAGUACAGUGAAGAGCUCAUUGGGGCACUAGAGCAGGAUGAGCAGGCCCGGCGGCAGCGGCUGGCCUACAAGGUGGAACAUCUCAUCAAUGCCAUGUCCAUCGAGAGCUGAGAGAAAGACCUCCUGUUCCUGGAAGAAGUACCCAUCCAAGCUGUCACACGACAGUCCCAGAAGGAAGGAUGAGUAAAGGAAACCAGGCCUCAAACCUGGCUGCCCCCAGAGAUCCCAUCCUGGGGAGAGGGCCCCUCUCCCAUCGCCAGCCAAAUUUCUUCACAGCCAGUUCCUGUGGGAAGGACAGCAAGUGUCUCCCAUCACAGAGUGUCGGACGCUAGGCAAGGAGAAGACGGCUCUUCAGCCUGAGAGGCUUGAGCCUGGAAGGUUCUGCCUCCCUGACUGCUGCUUUGCAUGAAAACUUACUUGAUGUAUAUUGAGAAAUAAUGAAAACUUUAUUUAAUUUUUUAAGAAAAAGGGAAAAAAUAGAAAUAAAACAAAACAUAAAGCUGCCCUAUCAUUCCCAUCCAACUUUUGCUUAAUCCUAAUUUCUGUCCCCUUCUUCCUGUUAUGUCUUUCCCAGUGUCAGAGAAAGUCUACAGAGAGAUGCUGAGAGGAACUGGAGUGGAAAUGCUCUCCUCUCCUUUGAACUGAAAGGAAAAGGAGUAGGAGGAAUGAGCACAAAUUCACACCAAACACUUGGGACACAGGCCAGAAAGGUCUGAAACCCACCAGGUGGAGGAGCAUGGAAAUGCAGGCCUCUGCCAAGCUGAAUGGCUCCACUUGGCCAAUAGGAAACAGCUUUCCAUGCUGCAUGCCUGUAUGUCCUCAUCAGAGAAGAAGGCUGUACUUAUUGAGGACCCAUGAUUUGUGCUAAUGUCUUUUACUUAUAUUAUUUAAUACCAAGCUUCCACAAUCAGGAGCUGGUACUUUUUCUUUUGGUUUCCCUAAAGUUAAUAUUGGAAAUGAGGGAGGUGGGCCUCUCCCAGACUGCAAAUCUCCCUCCCUGAGGGCACUGAAUGGAACCUCACAUCAGUCCCUGUUAAAAGCCAAGCAUCCAGAAGGCUUAUAGACCAAGCCUCUGAAGGUGCACUCUGGAAGUUGACCUGAAGACAUGGUGUUUGGCUUCAGAUUCCACUCCAAUUGUCCAGCAGUUUCUGGCAAUUAAAAAGAAAACUGUUUACAGCAAGCAAUACUUGAAAAGCAUGGGUUUAAUAAGCAGUGGUAUUUAUUAUUACACUUUCAUUCUCUUGUGCCUGGAGGGGGAGACCACCCCUUCACUUAUAUCCAGACAAUUCUCACCACCUAGGCACACCAUACUUGCCUCAGUGGAAAUGACUGGCAUUUACUGUCAUUUCUGCUUCUCUUGGACCUGUGGUUGUGAAGAACAGCUAUGGCUUUUUGUCAGUGCCUGCCCUUCCCUCUGUGUCCUGCUGACACCUAAAGUCCUAGAUGGCCAACUCUCUUGAGAAUAGCUUCCAAGCAAAGUCCAAAGCACCACCUUAGGUCCAGAGGAGCCAGUGGGAGUCACCCAAAGAGAAGAGCUCCACAACAGCAGGACAUUGGUGACAGGGUGACCUCAUGAACCCAAGAAGCCAGCUCUGCAUAAUCUGAAUGGGGUCAGAAGACAAAGGAGAGGCAGAGGGGUAGAGCUGGGGAGGACACAGAGGAGCCAUUGCCCCUUUCCAGCUUCUGCUUUCUAAGAAGUUGGGAAUACCAGACUACUGUGUUGGUAAGCAGGACCAGCUACCCCAGGAGAAACUGGACCAGGCUCAUUUCCUUUGCAGUUAACUCAGGCCCAGCUUUUCUAUACCCUGCUAUACCUUCAGGUAAUUCCAGUUUUCUGAGGCUCUGCUAACCACAUGGGACUCCCAGCACAAAGCAGGGGAAGGGAGCUGGGAAUGUUUCCAUCCCCUGUGUGUGACUUAAGAUCACCAUCUCAUACAUAGCAGAUGUCUCCUGGGACCUUCAGCUCCUUUCUUGCCUGAAUGCAACUGAUAAGUAGGAAGAGAAAAGCAUUCGGGAGAAUACUCAGGAUACUUGCUGAUUUCAUGAUGAUUCAUGACCAGCUAUGCCAAGGCUACAUUCUUCUGAUAGUCUACUUCUGAUAAAGUUUUGGGGUCCGAUUAAUAGCCUGGAAGAAAUACUAAUGACUGGCCUUCCACACUAAGCCAAAGUGUUUGCUCUUCACAGCACCCAAAGCCUAAAGAGCCUAAAAUUUAUGGAAAUGAAAGAAAAGAUACAAGCAAGAAGAAUGUGAGCAGGAGACUUAAUUGUCCAGGACAAAUUCCAGCCUGCCUUCAUUUUCCUUCCAAGUUCUAUUCCAAUAAAGGGUUCUUGAACCUGUACCAUGAAGUAAAAGAAAGUACAGCAUCUCUUCCAACAGUAUCUCACCUAAACCCUCUCUGUGCAUCUCCUUCAAGCAGCCACUUUUGAUGUUCUUCACUGCCCCCGAGCUGCUUCACUGAAGGUAUUUGGAGAAUGUGGAAAAAGAAGGAAGAGAUGUUGAACAGAAAAAAGUAGGGCCCACUGUGAACGGCAGCCUGAUCACAUUGCUUAGAAUUCUAUGAAAGACUUGGAAAAGGUAGCUAAGAUGGAAAAUGUAGCUAAGAUAGAAAAGGUGCCGAAAAGGCAUCCCCAAGGAAGGAAUUAAGGAAAGCUUGGCUGGACACAGGGCAGGCUAGGAUGGUGAGGGGUUGCAGUCUUGCCUCCAUUUUAGCUUCCUACCAAUCUCUACACCAAGUCUUUGCUUUAGUUUGAGCCCACAGAUUGUGGAGAUUAGGGAUUAGGGAGUAGGAUUCACCAAGAACCAAUGGAGCCCACACUCUAUGGAGGAAAUGGCAUUAGUUGGCUUUUUUUUUCCUUCCUAUUAGCCAAUUUGGGGAUAUUUUGGCCCUGUGUUUACUAAAAAAGCAUUAAAGCCACAAACUCUCCCCACAAAAAGUCAUCUCUUUGGGGGAGUCAGGAAAUCUCUCUCUAAAGUCUAUCCAGGUUUGCUUUAUUUCAUUGAUCUUUACAAAAGCCAAUUCUCUGAGAAAUUAACAGGUUCCAGAGGGUUUGCCAGUGAACUAGAUGGAGGUCAAAACCUCUGACUGAUUCUGCCACCACCCCCUGCCUCCUGCGUGGGCCUGGCACAUCUGUGUCUGAUGCCCUACCUCUUUCCACUAUGUCUCUCAAAAUCACUUCUGUUCAGCCUCUCCUUACUGAAUGCAGCUAUUGAAAGUAGGGGUGAGCUGUGAAACAUGCUGCAGGGAGCUGCAUCCAUUCAUUUGGAAAGCUUUCGUGUGCAGCAACUGUCUGUCUGCCAGGCUCUACCAGAGAUGCUGGAAAACAAGAUGAACAAAUGCAAAAAAAAAAUCCUUCUUCCAGAAAAUGUGUCUCUAGAUAAGCAGGAAAGUCCCCCACCCCCAACAUAGAAUACAGGUGCAUAGAAAAGGGACUGUAGUGAAGGAAAAAGGUCCAUCCACCCAGCUGCCUUACUUCUUCCUGAGGCAAGGCCCUCAGCAGUGCAAGCUGCAUUCAUGUCUACUCUUACCAGCUCUUUAGGCAACACUUUCCCCUACUGCUUGAGCUCCCAACUUUCUUUAAGUAUCACUAAAUGAAAAUAAGAAAUAGCAGUCAAGACCUCUGCUCCAGAUGGGCAUGGGCAGAAGCAAUGGUGAGUGUGUGAAGACAAAGAUGAGCAAUGAAAGUUGCAAGAGAAGGCUGCAAGACCCUGGCAUGUCAGUCUCUAGAUACCUCCUGAUUGCCACGUAUGUCCUCCUCAGCCUCCUGUGGUUUUAACACUGAGCCAGCAGCUGUUCUGGAGACACCCUUCUCCCCAGCCACACUGUUUCAUGGCUGAGACUCCAAGGACCUAGACACACACAGGGAAGAACUGAACCACAAAGGACCACAAGGAUGAGAAAAUGUAAAAUGUGGCCUCAAGAACCUUAGCGCAGAUGCCAUGGGAGAUGGGACCUGGGAGAUGAAGAUCAGGUGCUCCUGAUGCUUUGUCUCAGCUUGCCUCAGGAAUGUUGUUGGAGUAAACAGAGGCAUCAUUUUCCUAAUUUCACAUCAUUUGCUAUAUUGCCAUCCUUUCAACUGAUUCCCCAAAGUGACAUUUUAGCAUCUAGGGCCCAGUGAUACUCAUAAAUAAAGGUUGAAGCCUCUCUCUUGGUACUUUCUAACUAGUCUAGGGAAUGUUCCCAGAGACAAUCAAGACCACUGACUGUCAGACAUGCUCAGUCCAGUAAAUUAACUGGAGAUUCCCCCUCUCUUUCAAGAGCCCACACCUCACUCCCCCUUGCACUCCCUCCCUGCUGAGCUGGCCUUUUCCCACACUGUGCUGCCUGGCCCCUGUGGUUAUAACCUGAGGAAGUGUGAAGCUUCAAACAGAGCUCAACAAAGGUCAUCUCUGACUCUGUCUGCCUCCACAUUGGCAUCUGAGCAGAAUGAGUCUGGUCUCCACCAAACAGGACUGAAGUUCUUAACUGUAUGGGGUAGGAAGGUUCAAGCUUUUUAAUCUCCAGAGAAGAGGUGUGAGCUCAUCUGCCCUUUCCUGUAUCCUACUCAGAACCUUCCCUGUGACACACUGGAAUCUGUAUUAUAUCUAUUUUUUAAAACGUACAACUCUGGUUGUCUGGUUCUGUUGUUUUUAUAGGUGUUGUGAAAUUAUGAGAAAGUUAAGUAUUUAAAAUGUUCCAGUAAAGUGGGGGUUUUGUUAUUCUAAUAUAUUAUCAUGUACCUAUUGUAAAUAUGAAACUCCUAUUUUGCAAGCCAAGGACACAAUUUGUACUAUUGUUAUAUAUAAAUAAAGUUUACUGGAUAAAAAAAUUCUUCAAAUAAACCUGGUUGUAUGGUCACCUA